AGCUCGAGCAGCAGCUGCAGAGCUGGAGCCUCAAGCGGUCGCAUGUCAGGGAUCCUGUCGUCUUCAUGCUUCUUUUUUUUUAAAGAAAGGGAUUUCUUUUUCUCUUUAAACUAAAGGGAACAACACCUCUAUAGGUAACAUUUUCACGGUUUCUGUUUACUCGCCAUCGUGGCACAAACAUGACGGAGGUGAUGCAAGUAAACACCCAGGAGAUGGAGGAUGGCACAUUUGAAAAAGAAAACAUCACCGAGGACAAAACCGGCAACGAGGGAAACGAGGGCGACGAGGGAGACGAGGGAGACGAGGGAGAUGAGGGAGAUGACGGAGAUGAGGUGAUGCUCAGCAACGCAGAGGACAGAAGUGAGGCAGCAGUGGAAGAAGAAGGAAAGCCCUGCCACACAGGUGAUGACACCUAUGAUGACAUCGAAAAGGGACAGGUGAACGGCGUUGAGCACGAAAAGAACUGCAAAGCAAACAGGAAACAUGGAUCAACUGCUGUGAACGGCAUCUCAGGCAAAGAGGAUGAUCUUCAAGCUGAAACAAACGAUAGUCAGAAUGUUUCUGAUUUGGCGUUCAAGAAAGAGAAACUCCUUAGAUCUAGACGGCCAGUGGCCAGAAGCUACGUGCCAAAGGUGACCAAGGAAAAGGGAGAUGUGUCCAGCAGGUUUGAGGCCAUGCAGAAGGCCCGGGAGGAGCGGAGUCGGCAGAGGAGCAGCGAGGAGCAGCUGAAGAGGAAGGAGCAGUUCAUCAAAGAGCGAGAGCGGAUGCGUAGAAAGCAGGAGAUAAAGGAACUGCUGGCAUCCAGUGAUGAGGAGGAAGAGGUGAAGUCGCCAAAGGUGGAGAAGUCUUAUGUCCCGAAAAUCACAGGUAGUGUGAAAGGGAAGUUUGCAGAAAUGGAGAAGCAAAGACAAGAGGAGGAGAGAAAGCGAAUGGAAGAAGAAAGGAAGAAGAGAGAAGCCCAGGACAAAUUGGAGAAAGCAAAAAUCAAGAAAGAAUUGGCUCAGAAAGCAGCUGAGGAGGGAGAUGACACAAUCCUGGUUCGUGUGGUUCCAGCGAAAGCAUCACGGCAUCCAGGAAAAAUCAAAAUGAACUUUGAAGACAUAGAGAGGAGCCGAGAGGAGGAACUGAGAAAGAAGGCAGAAGAGGAAAAGAAGAGACAGUACAAUGAAAACAGGCGCUCGUUCAGGGAAGCCAAGAGACGCUCUGUUGUUGAGCAGGACGAGGAGGAGAAGCCUCCAGAGAGGACGUCUGUGACUCCUGGAAAGCUGAAGCUGACAUUUGAAGAGCUCGAAAAGGAACGGCAGGAGCAGAGGAGGAAGCAGGCUGAGGAGGAAGCAAAACGGCGCCUGUUGGAGGAGAAGAAGGCUUUUGAGGAGGCCAAGCUGGGAAUGGGAGAAGAUGAGGACAGCACUGAACCCGGUCAGGAGGACAAAGAGGAGUUUCGACCUGGAAGACUGAGACUGAGCUUUGAGGAGCUGGAAAAACAACGAGUGGAAGAGGAGCGCAGGAAAGCAGAGAGGGAGGCGCAGAGACGAAUGGAGGAGGAGAGGAAAGCGUUUGCCGAAGCCAGGAAGAGCAUGCUUCUAGAUGAAGAUGAUGAGGUGCUGCUGGCGCUAGUGAACCUGGAGGGCAGCAAGCCCGGAAAGAUAUGCGCCAGCUUUGAGGAGCUGGGGCGGCAGAGAAGAGAGGAGGAACACAGAAAAGCAGAGGAGGAAGCAAAGAGGAGACUGGAGGAGGAGAAGAAGCUCUUCACAGAGGCCCGCAAGAGCAUGAGCCCUGGCCUGGAUCAGGAAAGGUCUGCAUGUGGAGAUCAAACAUUGCUGGAUGACGAUGACCAGGGAAUGUCGAAAAGUGACUCUCAGGAAGCUUUGCAUCCAAAAAAACUGGAAAUAAACUUUGAAGAGCUGCUAAAAGAGAAGGAAGAAGCUGAGAGGAAACGCAAAGCAGAGGAGCGCAAGAGGAAACUGGAGAAGGAGAAACAGGAGUUUGAGCAGCUCAGACAGGAGAUGGGAGAGGACGAGAUAAACGAAAGCUCAGAUUUGGUGAGCAAAGAAUACGAGGAGCUAACAAAGCUAAAACGAACCGGCUCUAUUCAAGCCAAAAACCUCAAGUCCAAGUUUGAGAAGAUCAAGCAGCUAACUGAGGAGGAGAUUCAGAAAAAGAUUGAGAUGGAGCGAGAACGGCGGAAGGCCAUUGACGACGAAAUCAAACAGAGAGAAGCCGAGAGAAUCCAAGAGGAACAGGAGGAUGACGAAAGGGAAUCCACUCCAGUGAGGUCUGGCGAGACUCCUUUCAAACAGAAGGUGGACAUGCGAGCCCGAUUUGAACAAAUGGCCAAAGCCAGAGAGGAAGAAGAAAGGAGAAGGAUAGAGGAGCAGAAGCUGCAGAGAAUGCAGUUUGAGCAGCAGGAAAUAGAUGCAGCCCUCCAAAAAAAGAAAGAUGAUGAUGUUGAAGACGAGGCGAGCAUCAUUAACGGCUCUGCGGCUUACGAAGACGAGGAAGAUCCCGCCAGAUCUGGGGCGCCGUGGUUUAAAAAGCCGCUGAAGAACUUGUCCGUCGUGGAUUCCGAGCCGGUUCGGUUCACGGUGAAGAUCACCGGGGAGCCGAAGCCGGAGGUGACCUGGUGGUUUGAGGGCGAGAUGCUCCAGGACUGUGAGGACUAUCAGUACAUCGAAAGAGGAGAGACGUACUGCCUCUACCUGCCAGAAACCUUCCCAGAAGACGAGGGCGAGUACAUGUGUAAGGCUGUGAACAGCAGAGGCACUGCAGCGAGUACCUGCAUCCUCACAAUAGAAACUUAUGACUACUAAUGGCCCUCCACGUUCUGGAGGUUUUCACUGUUGUCUUUCACUCCGUUUUUAUACAUUUUCGUCCUUCACGCUACGGUCAGACGGGAGAAGACCAUGCUCGGCAUUCCUAAAGGAGGGAUACUCUCCCAAUCAGGAUGUUGGAUGAUACUCGUGCCAAACAGCCAAUGGUUGCACUAAAUUUCAAAGCAUCUUUUCUGCUCGGCGCUAACAUUUGUGAAACGGUUAUUUUGUUGUUGUACUGUACUGUAAAUAUCACACUUUAUGGUCCAUUAUCAGCAAAUGUUUAGGGAGUGUAGCGACUACAGCCCUUUUUGUGCUCCGAUACAAAUACUGCUGUUAUUUAAGAAAGAUUGAUUCGUUCGAUAGAAUGGAUAAUGAGGCCUGCUUGGAUUUGAUUUCAUUGUGGAUUUAAACUUUAAAUUGGGGUCUCUUGACAAACAUUGUUAUACUGAAUGUGGACAUCUAUUUUAUUAUUAUUAUAAUUAUUUUUUGCAAUAUCUGCAAAAACUGAAGGUUGAAUUUACAUGCAUCCCUUUUUUUAAAUGAGUGUUGACGCAUCAUUUGGUUUUCCAAGAUGACUACUUCAGUGUUUGAUAAUAAAAAUAAUUAAGUUGGCGCUUUUGAAAAUGUAUCACAUAGAAAAGCAAUUUGUUUUCAAUAAAAUGCAUCAAAAUAU